AUGGAAGAAGACCCGGUCUGCCACUGCUUCCCGAGGGAUGAUAUUCUGAUGAAGUACCAGUACAUCUCGGACUUCUUCAUCGCGCUGGCCUACUUCUCGAUCCCUCUGGAGCUCAUCUACUUCGUGAAGAAGUCCGCCUCCUUCCCCUACCGGUGGGUGCUGAUCCAAUUCAGCGCAUUCAUCGUCCUCUGCGGGGCCACCCACCUCAUCAACCUCUGGACAGUCACCCCCCACUCCGAAACCCUAGCUCGGGUGAUGACCGUGGCCAAGGUCUCGACGGCGUUCAUCUCCUGCGCCACCGCCCUGCUGCUCGUCCACAUCAUCCCCGAGCUGCUGAGCGUGAAGAUGAGGGAGCUCUUGCUGAAGAUGAAGGCGGAGGAGCUCGACAGAUUGAUGAGGAUCAUACAGGUCCGGGAGGAGAAGGAGAGGCAUUUCCGGAUACUGAACCAGGAGGUCAGAGCCUCUCUGGACAGCCACACCAUAGUGACGACCGCCAUGAUCGGACUGGUUAACACCUUGGGGCUGGAGGAGUGCGCCCUCUGGACGCCAUCGCCGGCGAGCUCAGAGCUCCACCUCUCCCACACCGUCUGCCACCACUCAAUGGUCGGAUCUGCGGUUCCCCUCAACCUUCCCGCCCUCGACAAUGUCCUCAGCUCCAACCGGGCGACGAAAAUCCCCCACACCAGUCCCCUGGCGAGGAUCCGCCCCGUCCCGGGGAGGGGGAGGUACGUCCCACCGGAGGUCGCCGCCGUGAAAGUUCAUCUCCCCAUGGUUUCAGAUAUUCCGGCGAUCGGCUGGCCGGAGCUCGCCGGCAGGAGGAGUUACGCCGUGAUGGUCCUCAUGCUCCCCCCGGACAGCGCCAUGAAAUGGCGCGACCAUGAUCUGGAGCUGGUCCAGGUCGUCGCAGACCAGGUACCCUUCUUCCUUCCCGUCCAUCGCCUUCGUCGUCCUCCCGAGUGUUGUUGCCCUAAUUGGAGGGAACCCAUCGCCGUCGUCAUUUCUCCGAUCAGGUUUCAGCGGCCCUCGCCCACGCGGCGGUCUUGGAGGAAUCAAUGAGAGUCCGAGACCAGCUCAUGGAGCAGAACCUCGCGCUGGAUCUCUCCCGGCGGGAGGCGGAGAGGGCCAUCGGCGCCCGGAACAACUUCCUCGCCGUCAUGAACCACGCGAUGAGGACCCCUCUGCACGCAAUCAUCUGCCUCUCCUCCCUCCUCCUCGAGGCGGAGCUCGCUGCAGAGCACCGGAUGGUGAUCGAGACUGUGCUCAAGAGCAGCAGCCUCAUGGCGACGCUCCUCCACGACGCUCUUGACACCGCAAGGCUCGAAGACGGCAACCUGCUGCUUGAGGCCGACGUCUUCAACCUCCCCUCCCUGUUCAGAGAGGUAUGAAAUCCGAACGUCUUCCCCGGCUAGAAGCUGCGAUGGGUCCAGUCGUUGACCUCCUCAACUGGGUUGGAUCCUCUGGUUCUUGCUUCAGGUGAUCGGGCUGAUAAAACCCAUCGCGGCGGUGAAGAAGCUCUCGGUGUCGUUGACUUUGGCGCCCGACUUGCCGCCGUGGGCCGUCGGCGACUCGAAGCGGCUCACCCUGAUUAUCAUGAACCUCGCGGGUAACGCCGUGAAGUUCACCAAGGAGGGCUACGUCUCCGUGGCUGCCUCUGUCGCCAGAACCGACUCCCUCAAAGAGGCUCGUCCUCCAGAGAGCUUCCCCCGCUCCGGCGACGGCAACUUCUAUCUACGUGUCCAGGUAGCUCUAAAUCAUUGAUAUAUACGAGGACUUUGUUAUAUAUAUAUAAAUGUAUAUAUAGACUUAAAAAGUCUUGUGGUGGGUUCAGGUGAAAGAUUCCGGCUGCGGGAUCAGCCCUCAAGAACUCCCUCAUCUCUUCAAGAAGUUCGCUCACUCUCACACUGGGGCGGGUAGGAAUUCCGGCGGCGGCGGCGGGCUCGGCCUGGCCCUCUGCAAAAGGUGAGAUUUUUAAACUGCCCAUCUCCUGUGGGGGUGGGUGCCUCACGGUUCUCGCACGUUUCCUGGUUUCUGGGGUCAAAAUUCUCAUUUAGUAACCGGGGUUCUGUCAACGGUUUCAGAUUCGUCAACCUCAUGGGGGGGCAGAUCUGGCUGGAGAGCGAGGGCCUCCGGAAGGGGUGCACGGCUGUCUUCGUGGUGAAGCUCGGGCUCUGCGAUAAUGAUAAUCAUCCAAGCUUCCGGAAGGGUUCUGUGGCUCCUCCGGGGCAGACCCCCCGGGGGGGAGGAGACGCCAUCUCCCCUUCUAGAAUGCUCCAGAAUGAUGAGAGCAGAUAUCUGUUGAGGAAUUGGCACCAGAGUACAUCAUAG